AUGGCCGGUAACAAUAACGAUAACUAUUCGCAAGAUUAUAUCGAUAAAAUGAUCGACAAUAAUAUUGCACAAUACGGUGUACCUUCGGACGAAAGUCGGAUUCGUACAUCGCCUAUACGAGUAGCCGAAAUUGAUGAUGGCCAUGGAAGUACAGGUGCUUUAUAUCUUAUCGGGUUUUGGAAAGGCCAAACAAUCUAUAGAACCACACAUACAGUGGCUCAUUACAUGGAGGGUGAGGAACCUGGCCGAUAUGAACUACACUGGCCACCAGUGUUCCCCGACGUCUGGGUGCCAGAAUGUGAUGUGCUUCAAUGCGACAUCAGUGUCGUACCAAUCACACCGGUUUUAUCAGAGGAUGUCGAUAAUGAUCAUGACACAGAAGAAGAACAAGAGGAGUACGACGACGGCUACGACGAUGACAACAACGACGAAAAAGAAGAAGAACGCGAGUACAACGAGUACGAUGAAUAUGAGUACGACGAGUACGAAUACGACGACGAGGAAUACGACUACGAUGACGAUGAGUACGAUGGUUAUGACUGCGACGACGAUGAUUAUGACUACGACGACGAUGAUUAUGACUACGACGACGAUGAUUAUGACUACGACGACGAUGAUUACGACGAUCGUAAUUGUGUUUUCCGCUACGAACAUUCUGACGUCGAUGAUGACGAGCUUUUUCCACUUUACGCUUAUGAAGAUAAUGAUUAG